AUGAGGCUCAAGGCCUUGGUUAGAAAGAGGGCGAACGAUCUCCUGCUUUCACUAAGAAGCCUGAGGGCCGAGAUAUGCAGGGAGGACGUCUUUGGACAGAUCCUAGGCAAUAUUCAUAAAAGCUACAUCCGACUAGUAACAUUGCUCAGCAAGCCGAAGGUUCAGCGCCAAGAGCUUACGGAGAUUGAUUCCAAAAACGGGAUUGUGAAGUACAAAGCCGGGGAACUUGAAUUCCUGUAUCAUGCAGAGCAUGGCAUUAUAUCUGUAAGUGGAGGGGAUAUAGGAAUAGACAACCAUAUCCUUUGUUCAAUAAGAAGUGAGCCUACCGACAAACACUUGGGACUUGCCAACGAUAUGCUGAUGAUGUAUAUUGGAUAUGAAAGGGCACCAUGCGAUGUGUGUGGAAGCUAUGCAACAAUCCCAGGAUUCCUGACGCCUACAUGUAGGUCUAUUGAGGAGGAUUUCAUACUCGUGCACCAUUCUCAGUGCAAGGUGGAGCAGCUCGAGAAAUAG